CGGUCUCACUGCCGGGCACAGAGCAGCCUUUGCCCGCCUGCCCCACAGCACCAGGCCCGGGCGGCUGCGAGAGGGCGCAGGGGGCGGAGGCGCGGCAGGGGCGGGCUCUACCCCCCACCCGCUACACACACCUUCUCCCCGUCCGGCUGCGGGGCCAGUGGCAGGAGCGCCGCUCACCGCCAGCCGCGGGGGGCGUGGGAUGGGGGCGGCGGGGGAGGGGGGCGCCCGCACUGACUAGAGCCAACCGCGCACUUUCAAGGGGUGUCGGUGCUGCGCUCCCCUCCCGCGGCCCGGGAACUUCAAAGCGGCCCCUGCUGCCCCGGCUGCCUCGCUCGGCUCUGGGGCCUCGCACUCCCGGCUCGGCCGCCUGGUGGCGAUGACCUGGGCGCUCCACUCCGCGCUCCGCCAGGCUCUCCUGCUGCUCGCCGCGGCCGCCGAGCUCUCGGCAGGACUGAAGUGUGUAUGCCUUUUGUGUGAUUCUUCAAACUUUACCUGCCAAACAGAAGGAGCAUGUUGGGCAUCAGUCAUGCUAACCAAUGGAAGAGAACAGGUGAUCAAAUCCUGUGUCUCCCUUCCAGAACUGAAUGCUCAAGUCUUCUGUCAUAGUUCCAACAAUAUUACUAAAACUGAAUGCUGCUUUACAGAUUUUUGCAACAACAUAACACUGCACCUUCCAACAGCAUCACCAAAUGCCCCAAAACUUGGACCCAUGGAGCUGGCCGUCAUUAUUACUGUGCCUGUUUGCCUCCUGUCCAUAGCUGUGAUGCUGACAAUAUGGGCAUGCCAGGGUCGACAGUGCUCCUACAGGAAGAAAAAGAGACCGAAUGUGGAGGAACCGUUUUCUGAGUGCAAUCUGGUAAAUGCUGGAAAAACCCUAAAAGAUCUGAUUUAUGAUGUGACUGCCUCUGGAUCUGGCUCUGGUCUACCUCUGUUGGUUCAAAGGACAAUUGCAAGGACGAUUGUACUUCAGGAAAUAGUAGGAAAAGGUAGAUUUGGUGAGGUGUGGCAUGGAAGAUGGUGUGGGGAAGAUGUGGCUGUGAAAAUAUUCUCCUCCAGAGAUGAAAGAUCUUGGUUUCGUGAGGCAGAAAUUUACCAGACGGUCAUGCUACGACAUGAAAACAUCCUUGGUUUCAUUGCUGCCGACAACAAAGAUAAUGGAACUUGGACUCAACUUUGGCUGGUAUCUGAAUAUCAUGAACAGGGUUCUUUAUAUGACUAUUUGAAUAGAAACAUAGUGACUGUGGCUGGAAUGAUCAAGCUGGCGCUCUCAAUUGCUAGUGGUCUGGCACACCUUCAUAUGGAGAUUGUUGGUACACAAGGUAAACCUGCUAUUGCUCAUCGAGACAUAAAAUCAAAGAAUAUCUUAGUGAAAAAAUGUGAAACUUGUGCCAUAGCGGACUUAGGGUUGGCUGUGAAGCAUGAUUCAAUACUGAACACUAUUGACAUACCUCAGAACCCUAAAGUGGGAACCAAGAGGACAUCUUUAUUAUUUGCACGUGGAAAUGUAUUAUGCAAAUUUCUUACAGGAAUUGUUGAGGAGUACCAAUUGCCUUAUUAUGACAUGGUGCCUUCAGAUCCCUCUAUAGAGGAAAUGAGAAAGGUUGUCUGUGACCAGAAGUUUCGACCAAGUAUCCCAAACCAGUGGCAAAGUUGUGAAGCACUCCGAGUCAUGGGGAGAAUAAUGCGUGAGUGUUGGUAUGCCAAUGGAGCAGCCCGCCUAACUGCUCUUCGUAUUAAGAAGACUAUAUCUCAACUUUGUGUCAAAGAAGACUGCAAAGCCUAAUGAUGAUAAUUACGUUAAAAAGAAAUCUCUCACAGCUUUCUUUUCCAUUUUCCCCUUUAUGUGAAUGUUUUUGCCAUUUUUUUUUUGUUCUACCUCAAAGAUAAGGCAGUACAGUAUUUAAGUGCCCAUAAGGCAGCAUGAAAAGAUAACUCUAAAGUUAAGCAUGGGUAGGAGUUGACUUCAUCCAAUUUCUAUGUUAUGUUUAAUUUUACUUUGAAAGCAACACCUCAUCUUGUUAUUUAAUAGAAAGAAAUAUAUUACAAAGGUAUAAAAUAAGCUCUAUAAAAAUAAUAUAGUCAUUAAGUUUUUAUUUUACUUGAACCAAGAGCACAUGAAUGACCAGGAAAAGAUGUAGAAACAUUUUUUUUCUGAGAUGAAGGCAUAUUCAUUAAACAUGUGAACUAGAGCAUGUUAUCUUAAAUAGAAAUUUAGGUUAUGUAAUCUAUGUUUUUCCCCUUUUUAAACUAGCAGGACCUUUUAAAAAUAAAUAUUGCUCUAAAUUUUAAUAUAUCAAACACGUAAAAGUGGAGCUGCUCAGGGGAAGAUGUAAGUGAGGUUGGUGUCCCACGUGCUUGGUCUCCCUUUCUGCUGUUCUCCUGCUCUUCAUAAUCCACUACUGCAGCAGUCACUGAACCACUAAACUUGCUUCUUUCAUUUACAAAAGGGAUACCUGACAUCCUGAGACACUGAGAAAUGUCCGAAAGUCACACAGCUAAAGGCAGAGCUGGCACUAGGGUCCAAAUCUUGUGAUAAUAAACAUCACAGAGUUAGCUAGCUUCCUACUUUCCCCUCAAUUGUCAUAGUACUUUUCUCCCUAUGCAAUAGCUUUUUAUAUUUGUCGUUUAGUCAUGCAGAAGGCAUACUGAGUUAUUUUGCAGUAUCAUAAUGGACCUGCAUGAAAUCUCAGAACCGCAUCUGUUGACAUUUUUUCUCACAGAAGUAUCAUGGUUACCGCACUUGUUAAUGAGUAUUAAUGUUUUCUGAACUCUUCCAAAGAUUAAUCCAACACAAAUAUUCAUUGUCUGAAAAUGUCUUUAAGAUACAAUUCAGAGGUCCUAUUUCCUUUGUACAUACACAUUUAGAAAGAAAAGACAGAAUAGGAAGGAGGAAGCAAGGAAAUAUUUUGAGAAGAUUUAAGAAAAGUCUUCAAUGAAGUAUAACAACCAAACCCUACAGAGGGUAUCAGAAACUGCAAAUACAUAUUCCUCUACUCUUUCACAAUGAGCGAGUGAGUACAGAGAAUGCUCAUAAUAGUUUUGCCUUCAUUCUACUUUCUGUGGACACGGAGUAAUGAAUAUUUAAUGGGACAUUACAUAUGCCCUUCAAAUCUAUAAUGCUACUUUGGUAAAGGAGACUUAACAUGGUGUCUUUUAUUCUCCUAAAACAUCUCUCAAACUCCAUGCCUUAGAACAUUCUUCUGCUGAGAUAUGAUCCAAGACCCAAAGUGUUCUUUGAUACUUGCUUAGAAAGUGAUAGUACAUGUUAGCAUAUAAUGUACUUUGAAGAGUGAAGUAAAUGCUACUGAUUACAGU